CAAAACUCACUUCUACCUGACGUCACAACCAAUCGCCCGACAAUCUUCUCUUCUCGAAAACAUGUCGCCCAUGAAGCUGUGUGUUCCAGGUGACAAGCUAUGCAGCAUUGAAGACUGUAUUCCUGGCACAGGAGUGUAUUUGCGGCAUGGAUAUAUCUACUCUGCACUAGCAGGCUAUGUGCUCAGGAAAAACGAGGGAGAGGAGUUGCCAGUGAUCUCAGUUGUGAGAGAAACUGAAACACAACUAUUGCCAGAUGUAGGUGCAAUAGUCACCUGUAAGGUAACCAGUAUCAACCCGAGGUUUGCUAAAGUCCACAUUCUUUAUGUUGGCUCCACACCGCUUAAGGACCGCUUUAGGGGAACAAUUAGGAAAGAAGACGUACGUGCAACUGAAAAAGACAAGGUUGAAACCUACAAAAGCUUCAGACCUGGUGACAUUGUUCUAGCCAAAGUUAUUUCUCUGGGUGACGUACAGUCUAACUACUUGUUGACCACUGCAGAGAAUGAACUCGGAGUAGUAGUGGCCCACAGUGAAGCAGGUGCCCAGAUGAUCCCCAUCAGCUGGUGUGAGAUGCAGUGCCCUCAAACACACACCAAGGAGUUUCGAAAGGUGGCCCGUGUGCAGCCUGAGUAUCUGGAAGCUUGAAAGAUAAAAGCUGCACAAGGAACACACAGCUUCCCUCCUCAUUCCCUUUCUCUUGGCGCCAUGAUAUGCUUUACCCGUGGCUAUCAUUCCUGAUGACUUUCAAGAGAAAGGCCUUGUACAGUAUAUUGUUGGCUGCUUGUGAUGUCACAUCUGAGUGUUUCCAAAAGUUUCUCUUCCCAAUGUAUUGCAUUUUGUGGUGGUGAGAACAAACCAAAACCUUAAUAUGUAAACAAAUCAUGUAGAUACUUAGGAAAGUCCCUCAACAUCCAAAUGCUGAACAUUACUGUAGUACUGCUAAAUGAGAGCAGAGUUUAGCAGUACUUGAGUCUGGGCACUGAAUUUAGUGUUGGCAAAGCUUAAGUGUUUGUGACUUAACUGCAUUUGAGGUAGUCUGAACUUUGACUAUACCUCUACCAAGUCAGAUAUGCCCGGAAUAUUGAAGUUUUACAUAUGAUAGUCAAGAUGUUUCUCUAAUUUCCAUUGUUAACAAAAGAAAACUUUUUUUUUUCUUCUUAACUCAUAGGAGUACUAUGUGAAUGAAAUAAAGUGACUAUC